CUUCGCAUAUAUCAGACGGCACUCUAAUCUUAUUCAAGCCUAAUUAGUAGAUGUGACCGCGUCAACCAAUAAUACACUACAGCCGAAAGUACAUGGAGCCGAGGUGGGUCACGACCAAUUGGACCCGGAUUCCUUUCGAGUAUCAGCUUAGCAAACGUAGACGAUUAUUCGCAAUGGAUGCGGACUGUCCGCGGAGCGGCCCAUGAUUGAUCCAUUAUUAAUUCGCUGUUGACCUAUUAUUGAUUCAUAGUUUCUCCACGAUCAAUCCGCAAUUAAUCCACUAUUGAUAAUUUGCUUCUCUACGUUUAAGGUUAACCACCUUGAAUUUUAAUUUACCAAGGAAAUGAUGCCCUCAGCAUUGCAGCGUUACAACGAUAUCAGUUGUAUGAGUUAUACAAGUAUGAAGGAAUCCACAUGUGCAAUGUGCGUUGUUAUAAGAAGAGAUGUCAAAACACUGAUGCAUCAUCAUUGUAAUUGGUAAGUUAAGAUUUGAUUUAUAUUCAGUUAUGAUCUCAGUGCUAAAGAAUUUAAAAUAAGAAUAAAUCAUCGUUAAAGAUUAUUUAUGUAUAGUAUCGAGCAAAGUAGGCUCUUCUAAGGAAAAUGGUGAAAUAGGAGCCUGCGACAUUGCUCGAUGCUGUAUUUAAUCGCUUAUCUUGCGGCGAAAGUAAUUUUCUGCUUUCUUAAUUUCAUCACUCGCCACCAGAUGGCGACAACACUUCAAAGCGUGUCCGUUACGAAAUUUGAAAACAUGAAAUUGUAUUAGACAUAAAUGAAAAGAAUGUAAAUUUGUAUCUUAAGUAGUCCACUACUCAUAAGAUUCAAAACAAUAAGUAAUAAUAAACAUCACAGAAAGUUACUAGUAAAGGAUGCACAUAUUGUGCCAACUAGUUUUUGUUCGCGUUGCUUAUAAUUUUCCGAGAAUCUACUCUCGUAUAUCAUAACGGAGGUACAUAUAAGGUAAAGAAAAGCACACAAGAAAUAUGUACAUACACGUAGUGUAAUGAACUUCCUAUGCUCGACCAUCUGUUUUUCUCUAGAAGUAUAGAAAGGAGAAAUCAGGCUGUUAGUAAAAGUAAGAUCUAUUUUCAUUUGCAAUGAAUUGCCGACAGACAUGCAUUCAUGACGAGAAGUAAACCGUGUUAUCUAUGCAUACAACGUAAUACCUAUCACAUUCUAGAAUUCCACGUUUGAUUUUUUAAAUUACAUACAUAUAAUUUACAUUAGAUAAAACGAUAAAGCUUAGUAUAUUAAAUCAUUAGAGUAUUAGAAUACUGGAAUAACAAAAUAUUCAGGCAUUCGGACAUACGCAUAUAAAUACUGAAUAGUAUUAUCGCUGGUAUACUGACGUGUUUACAAGCGGAUCUGUUGCAACAUAACGCUGUAACCUGAAUUGCUGCUAAUAUGUAAUUUAUCUUGUUAGAACCAACACCAAAGAAAAAGUUAUAUACACGCGCGUACAUAAAUAUUCGAGCUCUAAAAAUUGUGAUCAAACCUUUCAAGACUUAUCAAGACUCAAGAGUCGUGUCUUCGAGACUUUGAAGGGGCUCCCGGAUGAUCAAUAUUCGAUUAAAAUUCAAAUUGAUUCCAAACUUUCUCUAAGUAUUUACAUUCGAAACGCUCGAUGGGCCAUCUACUAAUUACUAUGAGGGAGAGGGGAAAAGGGUUAGGCAGGCUGUUAAACGAGAGGCUGUUGAACAGUGCACGACCAUGCACGACUUCGGGCACGAACGCCAGUCGCAGCAAUAGCGCAAAGUCUGUGUAAAUGCGUGCGUGCGUGCGUACGUUCAUGAUUUCCAGUCGGUGGGAGGUCAGCUUGGUCAGCCUUUCGGCGAGAACGAUACGCGUUGCGUAGACGCGUCGUUCCCUUCUCUCCUUCCUUUCUUUCUCCUCUUCCUCUUUCUAUCUUUUCUUCUUGUCCCCAAACUCGUGCAGUCGAUUCGAAGCGUGUCAACUCCGCUGCCACUUAUUUUACGCUCGCGUGAAUUUUUUUACAGAUCUCUUUUAGACGAUAAGUAAUUUAGUGUUCGCGUGGGCGGAGGUCCUUUGAUUCACUGAAUGACGCACGGUACAUACAACCGCUGAGAAUACGUGUAAUAACCUAUGUAACGCGUUUUUUGCAAAUACCGAAAAUAAGUGUCAAGGGAAUAGCUACCAUGACUAAUAUCCUACUGUGAUAUGCCGGAAGUUUAACUUUUCGCUCUACGGAUUUUCGAGCAACAAAGAGUGCUUUCUCGAAAGACGAUGGUGCAUUAUAUUAUCACGGUCCGAUGAUCGCAAACAAAAGUGUGAGACACUGAUUUCUUUUAUCAGAUAUCAAACGAUUUUUCAAAAACGGGAUUUCAUCGAACAGUCGUGAUUAAUCGAACGUUUUUCGACCGUCGAAAUUGAGAAUUUAAUAACAAAUGACGUGCUCAUUCGAAACGUCAUCGCGCGCGAACACGCGGAGAAAAAGUGAUGCACGUGUAUCUCACUGACAUUUCUCUCGCGAGGACUUAUGAGUCACUCUCCUUUACCGACAAUUGCACUUCUACGCCGGUAAACAGUUCCAAGGAUUCCAUUGGAACAGUCGGUUGUGUAAUUCGAGACGCGACUCCAAAGAGUGUGUCCUUUGUUUUACAAUUAACACCGACCUCGCUGCGAUAAACGUUGAACCGAUAUCCGGUGCACAGUCAACGCAGUGCUGUUCUGCUAGAACGUGGUGUAAAUAAAAAGAGAAACUGUACGUUUUAUUUGAAAUUAAAAGAAGAAAAAAAAUGAAAAUAAUAAAUUGAAUAAAAGGAAAUUGUAUUAUAUUUGAGAUGUGGAGCAUAAUCAGAAACUUUCUGGAACAGUUCCUUUUAUUGGGGCUGUUCCUUAGCAUUUUAUACUGUUUCCUCACUUCCACCUUCAAUUUCUGGGAGAUUCGCGGCGUUCCCUUCCGGAAGCCUACCGUUCUCUUCGGCAACUAUGCAUCUUUGUUGUUGUUCCAAAUAUCAUUGCCGGAAGGUAUCAAGGAGAUGUACGAAUGGUUCAAAGACGAGAGAUUCUUCGGGGCGUUUCGCGUGAAAUCGCCCGUCCUGAUUCUGCGUGAUCCAGACCUUAUCAAGAACGUAUGCGUGAAGAAUUUUGCUUGUUUCUCGAACCGCGGCAUACCGGUGAAUUCUCAGGAUCCAUUGUCCGCCCACCUGUUUAAUCUAGAGGGAAAGAAAUGGAAGAGCCUGAGGUCGAAGCUGACCCCAGCCUUUUCAUCCGGCAAAUUAAAAAGAAUGUUCUACCUGCUGGCCGAGUGCGGGGAAGAGUUUCAAAAAUUAAUCGGAUCCUCGUCCGAGGCCGAUCGGCCAAUCGAGAUUCGCGAAUUGGCGGCGAAAUUUACGAUAGACGUCAUUGGUAGCUGCGCCUUCGGCAUACAAAUAAACGCGCUCACCGACGAGGAAUCCGAGUUCCACAGGGCUGCGAAAAAGCUCUCGAGACCAAGCUACAAGGCCACCCUAUGGCGGAUGCUUAGAACAGCUAUGCCGAGGGUCUAUAAAUUUUUAAGCGUUCAAGUGAUCAAUCCCGAGGUAACGAGAUUUUUCAAGAACGUCGUGUCGCAGAUGCUGAAGCAACGAGAAGAGCACGGUAUCAAGAGGCACGACUUUAUGGACCUGUUGAUCGAAUUAAAAAAUAAAGGCACUUUGGAAAAUGAGGCUAGUAACGGGCACGUUAGCAACGACGAAGAUGCGGACACCGUCGAGGAAAUAGAACUGGACGAGAACAGUAUUGCUGCCCAAGCGUUUGUAUUUUUCGCUGCCGGCUACGAAACUUCGUCCAACACCAUUGCAUUUUGCCUUUACGAGUUAGCAUUGAAUGCAGAGAUUCAGGAAAGAACGAGACGCGAUAUUCAAGACGCCAUCGACAACAGAGACGGAAAAUUGACUUAUGAUGCCGUGCAGGACAUGAAAUACCUUGAUAUGGUUAUAGCAGAAACUCUUCGAAAAUAUCCACCGGCGUCGUUAUUAUCUCGUAGAUGCGAAUAUCAAUAUCAAAUACCGGGUAGUAAAGUGGAACUACCACCGGGUAUGCGGGUUAUUAUACCAAUUUACGGACUCCAUCAUGAUCCAGAUUAUUAUCCGAAUCCGGCGACGUUUGAUCCUGAACGGUUUACGGAAGAGAACAAACGCACGAGACAUCCGUACACGUAUCUUCCGUUUGGCGAAGGGCCAAGAAAUUGUAUAGGAAUGAGGUUUGCAUUGUUACAAAUUAAAGUGGGUAUCAUUUCAUUCCUAAGGAAGCAUAGAGUGGAGGUUUGUGAGAAAACAGUUAUACCAAUCAAAUUUAGUAGAAGAAGCUUGGUAACGACGAGCGAGAAUGGAUUCUGGUUAAAAAUUGUACAGUAUUCUUAAACUAUUUUAAGUCUGCUGUGUACUUAAUAUACCUCAACAAAGUAAUCAAUAUUUUUUUUUAAUUCUUUGAUAUGAUCAAUGCCAAUACAGCCAAUCAAUAACUUUAAUAUCAAGCUUUAAUUGUUUGUUCAUUGAAACUAUUAAUCAGUUGUAUUCAUUAUAUUAGUCAGAAAUUGCAAUCUCGAUUUAAGUUACCAUAAAUAGUGCAAGUAAAUUUUAAUAUAAUAUACUGAUAAUUAGAAAUUAUUUUUAAGAGAAUAGUUUAUUACAAAUGUACUUUUAGUAUAAUAUUCUUAUACAAACGAAACAUUUAUAUUUUUGUAAACAUUUUAUGUACUAUAAAGAACACAUUGUAUAAUGUACUGUUGUAACAAAUAUGGCAUUAGAAAUAAAAAAAUAAGAAAUA